AUUACAUUUUGAAAGACAGAUCACCCUCACUUGAUUUUGUUAAUUCAUUUUUCGGUGCAACCUACCUCGUAGCAUCAGUGAAUUCAAAAGCAAUCCUCCCCCGCACUCCCCUCCUUUGCACAGCCAGAUAGUUGAAUUCCCGACUACUAAUUUUUUUUCGGAUCUUUUUUUUUUUUGGUGUUCUAUUUCUAUUUUGUACAAGUCGUUGCGCAACUCGGAAAUAAAGCAAUCCCACAAGAAAGAAAAAACAUUAUUCUCGAGAGAAUCUUUAUCACACUCGUAACAAGAACAUGUUCCGUAAGGUGCUCAAUCACAAGCUCACCAAGGUUGCCCUUGCCGGUGCCGGUGUAGCUGGUUCUACCGUGAUUUAUUUGGACUACAUUCGUCCUGCUAACCCUCCAAAUAUUGUUACAUCAUACAAGCCACUUAAAAAGGAACUCCCAGCUCCUCCAUCAAGAGAUGAACUUCUUAAGAAGUUGGAAUCUACUGCCAACUUUGAUGUUUUGAUCAUUGGUGGUGGUGCCACAGGUACCGGUACCGCUGUUGAUGCUGCCACUAGAGGUCUUAAUGUUUGUUUGCUUGAAAAGAAUGAUUUUGCUUCAGGUACUUCUUCUAAAUCCACCAAGAUGGCCCAUGGUGGUGUUAGAUACUUGGAAAAGGCUAUUUUCCAACUUUCCAAGGCCCAAUUAGAUCUUGUUAUCGAAGCUCUUAAUGAAAGAGGUAACAUGUUGAGAACUGCUCCACAUCUUUGUUCUGUUCUUCCAAUCAUGAUUCCUGUCUACAAAUGGUGGCAAGUUCCUUAUUUCUUUGUUGGAUGUAAGAUGUAUGAUUGGUUUGCUGGUCAUCAAAACUUGAGAUCUUCCACCAUUUUUUCCAGAGAAAUGACAGCAGCUAUGGCUCCAAUGAUGGAUGAUGCCAACUUGAAGGCCACUUGUGUUUACCACGAUGGUACCUUUAACGACGCUAGAAUGAAUGCUACUUUGGCCAUCACUGCUAUAGAUAAUGGUGCCACUGUUUUGAACUAUAUUGAAGUUAAGCAAUUGAUUAAGGAAGCUGGUAAGAUCACUGGUGUCUUGGCAAUUGAUAGAGAAACUAAGAAGGAAUACACUAUUAAGGCUAAAUCUACUGUUAAUGCAACUGGUCCAUUUGCUGAUAGAAUCUUGGAAAUGGAUGCUGAUCCUCAAGGUUUACCUCCAAAGGAACCUCAAGCUCCAAGAAUGGUUGUUCCAUCUUCUGGUGUUCAUAUUGUUCUUCCUGAAUACUACUGCCCACGUGACAUGGGUCUUUUAGAUCCUUCUACUUCUGAUGGUAGAGUUAUGUUUUUCCUUCCAUGGCAAGGUAAGGUACUUGCUGGUACCACUGAUACUCCAUUGAAAUCCGUUCCUGAAAACCCUGUUCCAACUGAAGAAGAAAUUCAAGAUAUUUUGAAAGAAUUGCAAAAGUAUAUUGUUUUCCCAGUUCAAAGAGAAGAUGUUUUAUCUGCUUGGUCUGGUAUUAGACCAUUGGUCAGAGACCCAUCCAAGUUACCAAAGGGUAAGGAUGCUGCCUCUGGAUCCACUCAAGGUUUGGUUCGUUCUCAUUUGAUCACAGUUUCUGACUCCAAUUUGUUGACUAUUUCUGGUGGUAAAUGGACCACUUAUCGUGAAAUGGCCCAAGAAACUGUUGAUACUUUAAUUAAGAAGAAUGAUUUUGAUGGUAAGCAAAACUCUACUUUAAAGCCAUGUCAAACUAAUAAGAUUAUUUUGUCUGGUGGUGAAGAUUACUCAAAGAACUAUUCUGCUAGACUCAUUCAUGAAUACCGUAUUCCAUUGAAGCUUGCUAAGCAUUUGUCCCAUAACUAUGGUUCUCGUGCUUCUUUGAUUUUGGAAUUGUAUCAUCAAUCUGAUGUUAACAAGUUGCCAAUUACUUUAGCUGCCACUCAAGAUUUCCAUCCAUCUGAAACCAAGGCUUCUGAAGAUAACAACUUGUCUUAUCAAUCAUUUGAUGAACCAUUCACUAUUGCUGAAUUGAAGUAUUCCUUGAAGUACGAAUAUAUUAGAACUCCAAUGGACUUUUUAGGUAGAAGAACAAGAUUAGCCUUUUUGAACGCUAGAGAAGCCUUAGGUGCUGUUGAUGGUGUUGUUGAGAUUAUGAGACAAGAAUUGAAGUGGGACGAUAAGACUGCUGCUGCUAUGGCUGCUGAAGCCAAGGACUACAUUGGAAAGAUGGGUAUUUCCCCAAAGAGAUUCGAUGUUGAAGAGUUUGUCGUACAGUAAUGAGAUAUUUAUAACCUAUAGAGUAAUAAAAAAUUGUACAGUUUGUUAA